UCAUUUUUAAACUAAUAUCAAAAUGUUUUUAGUGUUACAGUAAGAAUGGAUUCAUGUGAUUUUGGAAAAAAAUUAAAUGAUACUUGUCAUAAACUAAGUUAUUGUAGAAAGAUUGAUUUAAAGAAAUUUGAUUGCUAUAGAGAAGAUGCCAGAGAAGAAUUUAUUUGGAGAUCUGGAAUAACAGAUGAUAAAAUUUUAACAAUCUGCCUUCAUCAUGAAAAGAUUUUUGGUACACACUUUGAAAAGAAGCACACAAAAUGUUGCAAUUUAUUGGACAAGCAUAAAUCAAAAAAAAAAGCAAUCAAAGGGAGUCAUGUAAUAACAUUAGACAUGGCAAAGCAAUUGAGAAUUAAUUUUCCAAAUGUUGUGCCUGGAUAUCAACUUUGUCGGAGCUGCUUUGAUGCUAUAAUCAGUAAAUUUCAUGAACAAGAUAAUUGUGAAUUUGAGGAAUCUAUUUCAUGUGCUACUUCUGAAAAGUCACGAGAGGCAUUAAAUGUUAGUUUGGAAACAAUAGGUGUAUCCCCCAUAAAACUUCAUGGCAUUCCAAAGCAUCAACCAUUGAAUUAUUGA